AUUGGGCUAAAGCUGCCACCUCUAGGGGCCGAGCAAGGGGAGUGGGUGCAGGCGAUGGUACCGGUGCUGCGUUACCUGGGGGGUGCCUGCGGACGGGCCCGUGGGGGCUUCCCCGGGAGCUUCUCCGGGGUGUGCGGGUCGGCGUCCGGAAGGCCCUGGCCGCUUUGCGGGGGUGUCCGCAGUGCUAGCAGCAGCUCAUUUGAUAUAGUCAUUGUUGGUGGUGGAAUUGUGGGCCUUGCCUCUGCCAGAGCACUUAUCCUGCGACAUCCUACACUUUCAAUUGGUGUUCUGGAAAAGGAGAAAGAUUUAGCUACUCACCAGACUGGACAUAACAGUGGUGUCAUACAUAGUGGAAUUUAUUAUAAACCUGAAUCUCUAAAAGCUAAAUUGUGUGUACAAGGUGCAGACCUCAUCUAUGAGUACUGUAACAAGAAGGGAAUUUCCUACAAGCAGUGUGGCAAGCUAAUAGUAGCUGUUGAACAAGAAGAAAUUCCUAGACUUCGGGCCCUGUAUGAGAGGGGCCUGCAGAAUGGUGUCCAAGGCUUGAGACUGAUUCAGCAGGAGGAUAUAAAAAAGAAGGAGCCAUAUUGUAGGGGUCUAAUGGCUAUUGAUUGUCCAUAUACUGGCAUUGUCAACUAUCGGCAGGUAGCUUUGUCAUUUGCCCAGGAUUUCCAAGAAGCUGGUGGGUCUGUCUUGACUAAUUUUGAAGUAAAAGAUAUUGAAAUGGCUAGAGAAAGCCCUCCAAGAAGUAUAGAUGGGAUGAAAUAUCCAAUUAUGGUAAAGAAUACAAAGGGAGAGGAAAUUCAAUGUCAGUAUGUUGUGACGUGUGCAGGACUUCACUCAGAUCGUAUUUCAGAGUUAAGUGGCUGCAAUCCUGAUCCUCAAAUUGUACCAUUCCGGGGAGAUUACCUGCUCUUGAAGCCAGAAAAAUGCUAUCUUGUAAAAGGAAAUAUUUAUCCGGUUCCGGAUAGCCGCUUUCCUUUCCUAGGAGUUCACUUCACACCAAGGAUGGACGGGAAUAUUUGGCUAGGGCCUAAUGCAGUUCUUGCCUUUAAACGGGAAGGAUACAGACCCUUUGACUUCAGUGCCAGAGAUGCUAAGGAUUUAAUUGCCAAUAGUGGCCUGAUUAAACUGAUCUCCCAGAAUCUCUCCUAUGGAAUUAGUGAAAUGUAUAAAGCCUGCUUUCUGAGUGCAACAGUGAAGCACCUUCAAAAAUUCAUCCCUGAAAUUACUAUCACUGAUAUACUUAGAGGUCCAGCUGGAGUAAGAGCCCAAGCUCUGGAUAGAGAUGGAAAUCUGGUAGAUGAUUUUGUAUUUGAUGGAGGAGUUGGGGAUAUUGGAAGUCGCAUUCUUCAUGUGAGAAAUGCUCCUUCCCCUGCUGCCACUUCCUCCCUUGCAAUUUCUGGAAUGAUUGCAGAUGAAGUGCAGCAACGGUUUGAAUUGUAAAUAAUGGAAGGGGUUGGGUAUGCAUUAUAACCUCCAUAUCAGCAACAAGAAUGUAUUAAUUGUGUUCUUUAAUUGUAAUUUAAGAAAAAGAUUUUAAACCAGGAUGGUGGCACAUGCCUGUAAUCCUAGUGACUUGAGAGGUGCCAGGAGAAUUGCAAGUUUGAGGCCAGCCUAGGAUACUUAGCAAGAUCCUGAUUGCAAAAAAAAAGCUAAGUAAGUACAAAAUAAGCAGGACUCCGGAGAUGGCUCAGUGGUAGAGCACCCUCGUAGGUUCAAUCUCAGUACUGGGGGAAAAAAAAAAAAAAGAAAUGGUUUUAAAGUCACCCUUUUAGAUUAAAAACCCCACUGAAUCAUCAAAAUUGUAUAACAGAAACAAGAAUUUUAAAAAAUUAAAUUUCAUGCUCUUUAUGAAUGAAGAAGCAAGGUGAAGUUUUAUCUGUCUUGAAUCCCUGACUUUGUUAAUGAUCUAUCCUUAACUUUCAAGAGAAGACUUGACUCUUUUAGAAUUUUGGGGAGGAGCUGGCAAGUAGUCUCCAGCUACUUGGGAUGAUGAGAUGGAGAGGAUCACUUAAGCCCAGGCUGAUAAGUUGUUACUAGCCUGGGCAAAAUGGUGAAAGCUCACCUCAUUAAAAAAAGAAGAAGAAGAAAAAGAAAAGAAUCUUUUGGUAAAGGUGAAAUAAAAAGUUGAUUAUUCCUUGAAAUCAAUUUUUUGGCUUUAAUAAGCUGUUUUGUCUCUCAUAGAAGAAAAAUCUAGUAUAGUGUAUUGUAUGUUGCAAACGUUCUUUUAAUUCUGAAGAGUCAUAGAAGAGCUGACAUAACUUAGAGCAACAAUUUUAUAUUUGAAAGUUAAAAAUUUUUAAUUUCAAGAAAAUACAUGAUAUUUCACAUUUCUAAGUAGUUUAAAACAAAACUUUUAUUAUUUCUAAUCUCUUUAUACAUCUCUAUAACGUGAUAUUGGUAUCACUACAUUCACACAGCUGUAUAUCAUAUGUGAUUAUUGCUACAGUCUUCUGUGGUUGAGAAACUAAAAGCACCUAGAACUGAUAGUUUUUUAUAAGAGCAUUUUAGAAUCCUGACACUGAUGUAUAGAACUCUGUAAUUUUAAACAAUUAUUUAUCUCAUACCUCUGUCCUAAUAUUUUCAAAAUGUUGGCCAAGAUCACUCAUGUUCAUACCUAUUUGGUUUUUCAGGGCUCCUAUAAACUUUUAUGAGGACAUUUCUCCAUUUUUGAUGAAUAUCUAACUUUGAGGCAUUCACUUUUGUAAACCGCGAAAGUGCCUUACGUUCAUGUGUACUUCAUGACUAUGUUAAAUCAGUGGCCAGUGCCAUUCUGUAUACUGUAUAUACGUGUGUGGUUUAUCUGAUUGAAUGUUUCUUACAGUUGAGAAUGUUGUCAAAUAGAAAUGUAAGUGAAAAACGUGGCAACCUGACUGGAGAAACAGAACCACAAUUUAGGUGAGACAUUUUUCAAUCUAUUCUCUCACAUGUGCUCCCUCAGGACUAAUCUUCCAUGUUUCAUUUUUCUUACCUCUUAUCUCUCCAAAACUGUUUGAUGGAUGAGUAGAAAGGAUGUGCAUGUUGGUUGAUAGGAAAAACUUUUCUGUUUUCUUCCUUUUUUUCUUCACUUCAGCCAUGGUGAUUACAUUGACCAAGCUACCUCAUCCAUUAAUUUGAAAGAAUACUCAUCAUCAACUCCAGUUCAAGAAGCAGCUCAUCCUAGGUAAAUAGAUUAGGCAAUUAUUGAGCAGUGGGGAUGAGCAUAUUGAGAACAUUCAGAAGUCACUGACAGAAGAAACAAGCCCCAAUGGAUCAUUACAACAACUGAUUCCUUCGAGAAAUGCAGCACACAGGAUGUUUUUCUGUUCUUACAAGACUACUAAGACGUGGAAAAUAUUACAGUUCUCUAUUUCAUCAGCAGUAAGAUUGCAUACACACUACGCUGUGGAAAAGACUAAAAUUACAAAAGUAACUGUCCUAAUGGACGCAAUCCUCAUUCCAUUGGGGUCUGUACUAUACCCCCAAAAAUGUAAGCAGGAAAUUUAUUGAAAAAAUUUUUGCACAUGUAGGUUAUUCUGUUUGUAGCAUUGAAUAUUAUGUCAAUAGGGUUUUAUUGUUAAAUACUUAUAUAAUAUUUAAGGGUUUUGUUUCUGAGAGAAGAAAAUGUAUAUUAGUAUUAAAAUAUUUUAAUGAG